AUGUAUUGCUUCCAAGUGCUGACGGUGGACUAUUCUUGUGGUAAAUCGUCUCGCAAGAAGAAACACCGUAAUGUGCCAAAUGUUUCAGAUACCGGUGCAUAUUAUUAUAAUUAUGGUGGAUAUGGAAGAGGCAGAGGAGGUAGUGGAGGACAUGGUCAUCACGGCAAUGGGGGCGGAGGACAUGCUCCGCCACUGGUCAUCACGGAGAUGAGGGUAGAGGACAUGGAUAUGGCGGUGGCAGAGGUUGUGGUGGGGGUGAUGGUGGUGGUGGAUGUUGUGGUGGAGGUUGUGGUGGUGGAGGUGGAGAUACUUAGGAAAGAGAUCUUAUAG